GGAUGGCGCCGCUUGGGAUAUGUCGUCGGAGCACAAGGGAGGCACAUUCCUGGUCCAGUGGAAGCAGAACCAUCCGAUCAACGGCACCAAGCAGGAGGUGAUUUUGGAGCGCAUCUUGUGCGACUGCCUGGACGCAGAGCUGCCCUGCUGGGUGCUGUCGGAGCGAAGCCCCGUCGUCGAGGGCCUGCAGGACUUCAGCGGCUCGUACGGCUUCUUCCACAUACCAGCCGUCGCGGACGGACACAGCCGGCCGGUCACGACGGAGUCCGGGCGCAUUAUUGAGCCCAUUGGCCCCCAUCGAUGCCGCGUGUCGAUGGCAUUCUCUUUUGUUUUACCUAAAGCUAUCAAGUGGAUUGCAACGGACUCCGUGCUCGCUCUGUGUAUCAGGCUGUCCGCCCAGAGCACGAUGAAGUCCUGGACGAAUCUGAUCGACCGGUGGGAGGAGACGGGCUUCGGAGAGCGCAUCAAGAGGGACAGCUAUUUCUACCAGCCGGUGGCCGAGGAUCGCGCGGCGGAGUCUGUCUAUCGCAGAGGGGGCGAGCAAGCUGACGAUGGCUGGGGCAGAAUUGGGGCUCGAGUCACUCCUUGGUCGGGUGGCAGCGCAUUCGCCCCAGAGGUGUUGAGCGGGAGGGAGGUCCGGAGCAGCCAGAGCGAGAUGGCCAGACGAGAUGGAGUUUUCGUCAUGUGGCAGUGCAGGAGUUGGCCCCUAGCGCAGGAUUUCCCUUGUGGGCGCGGCCCUUUCAGUCGACGACUUCUUAGGGAAUCAGCGUUCAGCCUCUUUAAUGUUCUGGGGGCAGGAAUGUUUGAUCAUUGCCCGAAAAGCGCGGCGGAUUCGAUGGCUCCGAUAUCGGCGGACCUAGAUAAACCCCUGGGUUUAACAACCACCAUAGGAGAUUCGACGAAUUAUGGUUAUGAUGCCUGACGGGAAUGUCAUCUUGUUUGGCUGCGCAUUUCAUCCUAUCCUGUGCGUUCCUGUCUGCAUUCAGCUUUUUCGUUUGCAUAAUUUCCAUUAUUCCGAAGUGGCCAGUGCAAAAGUAUUACCGCACCGCUGCCAGCGAAUAGCGCGGCACAUCGAGCAGCAACGUCACGACGCUGCCGAAGGUGGUUGAGGCCCAGCUUCGCGCAGCAAUACGCUGCAGUUGUCUUCUGAAACGCCCGCGUGCGAUCUCUCCACCGCGCCGUGGCAAGUAGGGACCGCCAGGUACAACCUGGGCCAGCCACGGCAAACACGCCGCAGCUGAGAAAAAGCAGAA